GUUUGGGAUGAUAAGUAUUUGUAUACACUGCCUGUGCAUUUUCACAACCAUUUAAAUUACCCCUUGUUGCACGGGGAGUCAUUUGAUACCCUAUUCGUGGAAGCUUUCGGGUGGAGUUCUGCGUGUGCAAUGGUUAGGAUGAGCCGGUGACAAGCAAAGUUGUGACAAAAACCAAGAUCAUCACGGAUUUUCCGAGAUCUACUGGACAAGUUUGCAAUAAUGAAUUGCCAGCUAUGCCCGGUGGUUGUGAUCCUGCUGCUCGGUUCAGCAUCUGGAAAUCGGAUUUGGGAGACAAUUUACCAGGAUCUGGAUGCCACAUACAGCUGCUUCACUAUCACCAAUGCCACACAUGAGUUUGGAUGCAGAGCCGACUUCUCCGGCAACGUGGGCCUGCUGCGCGUGGCGAAUACGUCGGCGGCGCUGGAUCAGCUGCUGGCGUCGGACAAUAAGUUGUCAUAUGUGGUGGUGUUGCCUCGGUCGCAGUUCAGCGUGGCCACCCUGCGCCAGCUGGAGGCCAUGACGGCCGAUCCGGACAGAGGUGACGUCAAGGGUGUGCUGCUGACGCUGCCCGACGGCAGCUGGCAGCCGGACACCUUCCAGUUCUCCGAGGACGACGUCUGGCCCAACCGCGUCUCCAGUUUUUACCAACCGGACAAGAACCCGAAAGAAUACAACUACUCCCUACACAACCCGUGGAACCCGGCCGGCUCAGGCAUGUUUAAGCGGCACUGGAGCUUUCCCAUCAUCCUGCUGAAGAACGAGUCGCAGAUCAGGGACGUGUUUGAGUGCCACUCGCGCUACAACGCGGCUGACGGGCAACCGCGUAUGAACGUCAUGUUCAUGCUGUUUAGCGGGGAGAGUUUCGACUACAUCGGCUCGGACCGGUUCGUGUACGACAUGGCACACGACAAGUUCCCGCCGCUGGCCCUUCAAGGCCAGCUGUUGGGUGGUAUAGAACUGUAG